GCAGAGGCUCGGCUGCCUGGCUCUUCAUGGUGGUGGGAGCAACCCCUACUGCUACCAGGAGGGGCGUUGGGGACCCGGGUGGCUCUGGCAGCUCAGCGGUCCGCAGCAAUGAGAAGCCAGGGGAGCGUGAGGAGCAGCCCAGGGCAGGGCCCAGAGUGGGUGGGCAGAGGCGGCCGGAAGGUCCUGCGCAUCUGGCUCGGCAAGAUGUCGGUGAAGGAGGGCGCACAGCGCAAGUGGGCAGCGCUGAAGGAGAAGCUGGGGCCACAGGACUCGGACCCCACAGAGGCCAACCUGGAGAGCGCGGACCCUGAGCUGUGCAUCCGGCUGCUCCAGAUGCCCUCUGUGGUCAACUACUCCGGCCUGCGCAAGCGCCUGGAGGGCAGCGACGGCAGCUGGAUGGUGCAAUUCCUGGAGCAGAGCGGCCUGGACCUGCUGCUCGAGGCGCUGGCGCGGCUGUCGGGCCGCGGCGUGGCACGCAUCUCGGAUGCCCUGCUGCAGCUCACCUGCGUGAGCUGCGUGCGCGCUGUCAUGAACUCGCGGCAGGGCAUCGAGUACAUCCUCAGCAACCAGGGCUACGUGCGCCAGCUCUCCCAGGCCCUGGACACAUCCAACGUGAUGGUGAAGAAGCAGGUGUUUGAGCUGCUGGCCGCCCUGUGCAUCUACUCUCCCGAGGGCCACGCACUGACCCUGGACGCCCUGGACCACUACAAGACGGUGUGCAGCCAGCAGUACCGCUUCAGCAUUGUCAUGAACGAGCUCUCCGGCAGCGACAACGUGCCUUAUGUAGUCACCCUGCUCAGCGUGAUCAACGCCGUCAUCCUGGGCCCCGAGGACCUGCGCACGCGCACCCAGCUGCGGAAUGAGUUUAUCGGGCUGCAGCUGCUGGAUGUCCUAGCUCGCCUGCGAGACCUGGAGGAUGCCGACCUGCUAAUCCAGCUGGAGGCCUUCGAGGAGGCUAAGGCUGAGGACGAGGAGGAGCUGCUGCGAGUCUCUGGUGGGGUCGACAUGAGCAGCCACCAGGAGGUCUUUGCCUCCCUGUUCCACAAGGUGAGCUGCUCCCCGGUGUCCGCCCAGCUCCUGUCAGUGCUGCAGGGCCUCCUGCACCUGGAGCCCAGCCUCCGCUCCAGCCAGCUGCUCUGGGAGGCCCUGGAGAGCCUGGUGAACCGGGCCGUGCUCCUGGCCAGCGAUGCCCAGGAAUGCACCCUGGAGGAAGUGGUUGAGCGGCUUCUGUCUGUCAAGGGGCGACCCAGACCGAGCCCCCUGGUCAAGGCCCAUAAAAGCGUCCAGGCCAACCUAGGCCAGAACCAGAGGGGCAGCUCCCCGCAAAACACUACAACCCCCAAGCCCAGCGUGGAGGGCCAGCAGCCAGCAGCAGCUGCUGCCUGUGAGCCCGUAGACCACACCCAGAGUGACAGCGUCCUGAAAGUUUCGAAGCCGAGAACCCUGGAGCAGCAGGCGUCCCCUCUUCCCCCAUCCACCCCCCUGCUCCCUGGUUCCAGUGCUGAGCCCCCUCCCCCUCCUCCCCCACCCCCACCUCCCCCCCUGCCACACCUGGGGGCCACACCUCCUCUAUCACCACCCCUGACAAGCUCCUGUGAGUUCCCGCCCCCACCACCUCCACCACUCCCGGGCAUGGGAUGCCCACCCCCACCCCCACCCCUGCUGCCUGGUAUGGGCUGGGGCCCUCCUCCACCCCCACCUCCACUGCUGCCCUGCACCUGCCGCCCCCCUGUGGCGGGAGGCGUGGAGGAGGUCAUCGUGUCCCAGGUGGACCACAGCUUGGGCUCCGCCUGGGUCCCCAGACAUCGGCGGGUGAACCCACCCACACUGCGCAUGAAGAAACUGAACUGGCAGAAGCUGCCAUCCAACGUGGCACGUGAGCACAACUCUAUGUGGGCGUCCCUGAGCAGCCCCGAUGCCGAGACUGUGGAGCCUGACUUCUCCAGCAUCGAGCAGCUCUUCUCCUUCCCUGCGGCCAAGCCCAAGGAGCCCACCACAGCAGCCGCCCCGGCCAGGAAGGAGCCCAAGGAGAUCACUUUCCUUGAUGCCAAGAAGAGCCUGAACCUCAACAUCUUCCUGAAGCAAUUUAAGUGCUCCAACGAGGAGGUCGCUGCUAUGAUCCGGGCCGGCGAUACCACCAAGUUCGAUGUGGAGGUUCUCAAACAGCUCCUUAAGCUCCUUCCGGAGAAGCACGAGAUUGAAAACCUGCGGGCAUUCACAGAGGAGCGAGCCAAGCUGGCCAACGCCGACCACUUCUACCUCCUCCUGCUGGCCAUUCCCUGCUACCAGCUGCGAAUCGAGUGCAUGCUGCUGUGUGAGGGCGCGGCCGCCGUGCUGGACAUGGUGCGGCCCAAGGCCCAGCUGGUGCUGGCCGCCUGCGAAAGCCUGCUCACCAGCCGCCAGCUGCCCAUCUUCUGCCAGCUGAUCCUGAGAAUUGGGAACUUCCUCAACUACGGCAGCCACACCGGCGAUGCUGACGGCUUCAAGAUCAGCACGUUGCUGAAGCUCACGGAGACCAAGUCCCAGCAGAACCGUGUGACGCUGCUGCACCACGUGCUGGAGGAAGCGGAAAAGAGCCAUCCGGACCUCCUGCAGCUGCCCCAGGACCUGGAGCAGCCCUCACAAGCGGCAGGGAUCAACCUGGAGAUCAUCCGCUCAGAGGCCAGCUCCAACCUGAAGAAGCUUCUGGAGACUGAGCGGAAAGUGUCUGCCUCGGUGGCCGAGGUCCAGGAGCAGUACACUGAGCGCCUCCAGGCCAGCAUCUCGGCCUUCCGGGCACUAGAUGAGCUGUUUGAGGCCAUUGAGCAGAAGCAGCGGGAGCUGGCCGACUACCUGUGUGAGGACGCCCGGCAGCUGUCCCUGGAGGACACGUUCGGCACCAUGAAGGCCUUCCGGGACCUCUUCCUCCGCGCCCUGAAGGAGAACAAGGACCGGAAGGAGCAGGCAGCGAAGGCAGAGAGGAGGAAGCAGCAGCUGGCGGAGGAGGAGGCGCGGCGGCCUCGGGGAGAGGACGGGAAGCCUGUCAGGAAGGGGCCCGGGAAGCAGGAGGAGGUGUGUGUCAUCGACGCCCUCCUGGCCGACAUCAGGAAGGGCUUCCAGCUGCGGAAGACGGCCCGGGGCCGCGGGGACACCGACGGGGGCGGCAAGGUGGCCUCCAUGGACCCCCCAAGAGCCACAGAGCCCGUGACCACCAGUAACUCUGCAGGAGACCCCGUGGGCGGCACACACUGUCCCGCCUCCAAGCCCAACCUUGAUGCUACAAUGGCCAGCGAGUCCCGGGGCUGGGACCUUGUAGACGCCGUGACCCCCUGCCCUCAGCCCACGCUGGAGCAGUCGGAGGAGGGUGGUCCCCCGCCCCUGGAGAGGCGUUCUUCCUGGUAUGAGGAUGCCAGCGACGUCCUAACCACCGAGGAUGCCCAGUGCCCCCAACCCUUGGAGGGGGCCUGGCCAGUGACUCUGGGAGAUGCUCAGGCCCUGAAGCCCCUCAAGUUUUCCAGCAACAAGCCCCCUGCAGCUGGAAGUUCAAGCCAAGAUGCCAAGGAUCCCACGUCCUUGCUGGGCGUCCUGCAGGCCGAGGCCGACAGCACAAGCGAGGGGCUGGAGGACGCAGUCCACAGCCGUGGUGCCAGACCCCCUGCGGCAGGCCCGGGUGAGGAUGGGGACGAGGACGAGGAGGAUACAGCCCCAGAGUCCACGCUGGACACAUCCCUGGACAAGUCCUUCUCCGAGGAUGCAGUGACCGACUCCUCGGGGUCGGGCACACUCCCCAGGGCCCGGGGCCGGGCCUCAAAGGGGACUGGCAAGCGACGGAAGAAGCGUCCCUCCAGGAGCCAGGAAGGCCUCAGGCCCAGGCCCAAGGCCAAGUGAGAGAGCCCAGGCCACAGGACAUGCUGCCAUUCUGCCAAGAGAGGCUCUUCUGGGGGCCAGGCUGGGACUGGGCCCCGGAAACCAAAAGUCCGUGCCUUACCCAGCUGGGGCCCUCCCGGAGCCUUCUUUGGGUGUUGUGGCUGGGACCCCAACAGGCACCAGUACCCUGCCAGGCCUAGUGCCCUCCUGGACUGCCUGCACGCGCCAGCCUCCUACCUGCUUCCUAAAGGCGACCCUGGCCCACACCCGCAUGCACCCGGUGCAGCCUGCCAAGGGCCAGUCGGGGGGGCUGUGUCCUGCCAGUGUCCACCACAGCUCUGCCUGCCCUUCAGCCCAGCAGGGUUUAAUCAAAACUCAAUGCUUUGCGAGUCUUUACUGCUCGGAGGUGGCUGAGUUGGGGGCCCUGGGCAGGGGUAGGCUGGCAGGCAGUGCCAUGGCAGGCCAGGGUCCCCUCCCGUGGGGUCUGGCCCCCAUCCCAGCAUGUCCAGCCCCUGAAGUUGGAGUGGGGAGCGGUCUGCAUUUGCUGCCACUGCCAGGCCUCUGCCCUGCAGCUAAAACUUGGCCAUCACAUCAACAGAAAACCCCUCCCAGUGCCAGCUGCCCAGGAUGGGCGGGCCCUGGGGACAAUACAGUCCACCUGAGGGGCUGCAGGGUGACACCCAGCAGCCUCUGCCCCCUCACUGCCCACCCAGCGAGGGCAGCCUACCCGAGCCUGCCGCCUGCCAGGUGUGUGCCCUGAGGCUGGCAGCUGGACGUGUGGCCAAUAAAAAGCAGACCUA